GAGGAGUUCAGUUUGUGCUACGCGGAGUGGGCGCGUCUCAUGCGGAAUGCGCAUCAGAAGGCCCUUCAAAAAUCUGUGAUGCUAGGUCAUGCAUUACAAGCAUCACGGGUUAUGCAAAAUACGCAUGACAAACCUGGCAAUCUUCCAGACCCAGACAUUUUUCCAGUUCAUAGAUGAGAGUACUGCAAGCUUUGCACCCGCGGUUGGUGAAUGAAAAUUUUUCCCAGUUGCCCUGGAAAGCGGACGAGGAGUUGUUGGCGAUGGGGGACUUUUUGAGAAAUCUCCCAGGCGCGACGCGGGGCAUGGGGAUGAAUAUUGUGGAGACGCCGGAAUAAGGAUCUACUUCGGUGGAGGGCCUGAUCGAUAGAAAUGUCAGAUUAUGUUGAUCUAGAACUUCAAUACACGACGACUGGCACUUCUUCAAACUAUACUCCAUUUUUUCUCUUGCGCUUGAACUACAACCCGAGCGUGUGACCACAUGCUAGUACAUAUGCUUACGGCCGGGACGAGCCGGGAACACGUUCGUUGUACAACCAGUUUUCCGAUGCGGUUUCCGCAAUUGACUUGCUUUCAUGGAGUCGUCGUUUGUUUGGUCUCUCCGACCCGGACGAAAACGAGAACGUUUAUAUCACAUCAGAAUGAAUUUCGGCGGAGUCGUUCGCGCUAGACCGAUGUGUUGUAUUUCUACAUCUUUCUACCAAAAGGCUUUUUGGGAGCAGAAUCCAUGUGUUCUGACCGACACAACCAGAGGCAAGAAAUCGUUCAACCGAAAAACAAUCGUCCUUCCUUCGUUAGUUUUUGCAACCGUUCCAGCACCACUUCUCCCUAACGGCCGCGCAUUCACUUCUACUCCGUAUUGGUUUCUGUCUUCUCACUACGGUAGACUUCUAUUUCGUCACGUUCUUUUACGCGUCACUCUUUUGCUGACCAUGAAAAGUACAGUGGAAAUGAAAAUUUUUGAAGGUUUUCCCCAAUUUCGCAGGACAGGAAAAUCACUUCCCAUUGCACGAAGAUGUGAUUCGGAGUCGAAAUAGUAAGCUGCUUCACUUGGAGGUUUUAGCACCUCAGACGAUAGUUCUUUCGAUUCUGAUGUUUCACCACCAGAAGUAGAUAAAAAAAUGUCCAAACCCAGCAAAGCCGAUUUGUAGACGAGACCGCGGCGCUCCGGCUCCUCCUGCUGGACCGGCUGGCGCCGGCUGACAAAACCGGCACCAUGGGAACAUCCAGUAGAUCCUCGAGCAGGAGUCAAAGCGGCCGCCGGCCGAAAAAGAAUACAAUCGGACGGGAACUGAUCAAUCUUUUAGUCCUCUUCACGAUCUUCAGCCUCAUCAUGUGGUUCUCGCCCCUACCGCAUCUGCACCAGACGCACACGCAAUGCUUGGAGACGGGCGUGGCACUGGCCAUUGGGUUUUUGGUGGUCAGUUUUAGCUUCGCAUUGUCGAUAUGACAACAAGCCACUGAAAAGAUAAACCCAUUUAGCAAUACAUUGAUUGUUUCCCCCGGGUAAUAAAUUAGGCGGGGAUCAUGUUUUGCCAAAAAUCAAGAAACUAUCUUCAGAGAAGAUCUUGACUUUCUCUUGCCA